AUGGAACCAAUCACAUUCACCGCGAGGAAGCACCCGUUCCCUAACGAGGCCUGGGUGGCCUUCAGCCUCCAGCUGGUGGGCUCCUUGCCUGUGCAUUCCCUGACCACCAUGCCCAUGCUGCCCUGGGUCGUGGCAGAGGUGCGCCGGCUCAGCGGGCAGUCUUCCAAAAGGGAACCCGGUACUAAGCAAGUCCGGCUUUGUGUCUCGCCCUCUGGACUGAGGUGUGAACCCGAGCCAGAGAAAACGCAGCAGUGGGAUCCGCUGAUCUGUUCCAGCAUCUUCGAGUGUAAGCCUCAGCACGCUCACAAACUGAUCCACAACAGCCACGACCCCAGCUACUUCGCCUGCCUGAUUAAGGACGAUGCGGCCAGUAGGCGGAGUAUCUGCUACGUGUUCAAAGCUGAUGACCAAACAAAAGUGCCCGAGAUCAUCAGCUCCAUCCGCCACGCCGGGAGGCUCGCCCGCCAGGAGGAGCUGCACUGCCCCUCGGAGUUCGAUGACACGUUCUCCAAGAAGUUCGAGGUGCUCUUCUGCGGCCGCGUGACCGUGGCGCACAAGAAGGCGCCGCCGGCGCUCAUCGACGAGUGCAUCGAGAAGUUCAACCACAUCAGCUGCAGCCGGAGGGCCGAGCUGGACCUGGCGGCCCAGGACCCCGCGGCCAGCGGCCCCGCGGCCACGCUCUCCUUCUCGGACCGGUUCCGGGCGGCGCUGCAACCCGCGGGGCCCCCGGAGCAGGGCCGCCGGCCGAUGCGCAAGUCCUCCUCGCAGCCCGGCCUGCGUUCCACCGCCUGCAGGAGGGAGUUCCAGGACGGGGGCCUGCGCAGCCACAGCUUCUUCAGCUCCUUCGAUGAGAGCGACAUCGAGAACCACCUCAUCGGUGGACACAAUAUUGUGCAGCCAACGGACAUCGAGGAGAAUCGAACUAUGCUUUUCACGAUUGGUCAAUCGGAAGUUUACCUCAUCAGUCCUGACACCAAAAAAAUAGCAUUGGAGAAAAAUUUUAAGGAGAUAUCCUUCUGCUCUCAGGGCAUCAGACACGUGGACCACUUCGGGUUCAUCUGCCGGGAGGCCUCGGGGGGCGGCGGCUUUCAUUUCGUCUGUUACGUGUUCCAGUGCACAAACGAGGCUCUGGUGGAUGAAAUCAUGAUGACGCUGAAACAGGCGUUCACGGUGGCUGCUGUGCAGCAGACCAGAGCGCCGGCCCAGCUGUGCGAGGGCUGCCCCCUGCAGGGCCUGCACAAGCUCUGCGAGCGCAUCGAGGGAAUGAAUUCUUCUAAAACCAAACUAGAACUCCAGAAGCACCUGACAACGUUAACCAAUCAGGAGCAAGCGAUGAUUUUUGAGGAGGUGCAGAAAUUGAGACCAAGAAAUGAGCAGCGAGAGAAUGAAAUGGUUAUUUCUUUCCUGAGAUGUUUAUAUGAAGAGAAGCAAAAAGUUCACACCCAUAUUGGGGAGAUAAAGCAGACGACACAGAUUGCAGCAGAGAAUGUUGGAAGUGAGUUACCAUCCAGUGCCACUCGGUUUAAGCUCGACAUGCUGAAAAACAAAGCGAAGAGGUCGUUAGCGGAGUCUUUGGAAAGUAUUUUGUCCCGGGGUAAUAAAGCCAGAGGCCUUCCGGAACAUUCUACCAGCCUGGAUCUGGACUGCUCCGUGUCUAGCACGUUAAAUAACACCAACAAAGAGCCCUCCGUGUGUGACAAGGAGGCCUUGCCCGCGUCCGAUAGCAGAACCAGGCUCCUGGGCUCCUCGGACGACCUGCCGUCCGGGGACGUGGAGAGCCGCCCCUCGGAGGAGCCUGCCCUGCUCUCCCCGCAGCUGGGCCAGCGGAGGCGGGCGAACACACUGAGCCACUUCCCCGUGGAGAGCCCGGAGCCCCCGGAGCCCGCCCAGGACUCCCCGGGCGGCUCGCAGAGGAAGCUUAUGAGGUACCACUCCGUGAGCACAGAGACGCCUCACGAACGAAAGGACUUUGACUCCAAAGCCCACCACCUGGGCGACCCCAGCGGGACCCCCGUGAAGACGCGGAGACACUCGUGGAGGCAGCAGAUAUUCCUCCGCGUGGCGACCCCGCAGAAGGCGAGCGACUCGCCCGGCAGAUACGAAGAUUAUUCCGAGCUGGGAGAGCUGCCGCCGCGGUCUCCGUUAGAGCCAGUGUGUGAGGAUGGGCCCUUUGGCCCGGUCCCGGAGGAGAAGAGAAGGACGUCCCGCGAGCUCCGAGAACUGUGGCGCAAGGCGAUUCUGCAGCAGAUCCUCCUCCUCCGGAUGGAGAAGGAGAACCAGAAGCUCCAAGCUUCCAAAAACGACCUGCUGAACAAGCGCCUGAAGCUCGACUACGAAGAGGUCACGCCUUGCCUGAAGGAAGUGACGGCGGUGUGGGAAAAGAUGCUGAGCACGCCAGGAAGGUCCAAAAUCAAGUUCGACAUGGAGAAAAUGCACGCGGCUGUUGGGCAAGGUGUGCCGCGCCACCACCGCGGCGAGAUCUGGAAGUUCCUGGCGGAGCAGUACCACCUGAAGCACCAGCUGCCCCCGAAGCAGCAGCCCAGGGACACGCCGUACAAGGAGCUCCUGAAGCAGCUCACCUCCCAGCAGCACGCCAUCCUCAUCGACCUCGGUCGAACCUUCCCGACGCACCCGUACUUCUCGGCCCAGCUGGGCGCGGGGCAGCUGUCGCUGUACAACAUCCUGAAGGCCUACUCGCUCCUGGACCAGGAGGUGGGGUACUGCCAAGGCCUCAGCUUCGUGGCCGGCAUCCUGCUGCUGCACAUGGGCGAGGAGGAGGCGUUCCACAUGCUCAAGUUCCUGAUGUUUGACCGGGGGCUGCGGAAGCAGUAUCGGCCGGACAUGAUUAUUUUACAGAUCCAGAUGUACCAGCUCUCGCGGCUCCUGCACGACUACCACAGGGACCUCUACAACCACCUGGAGGAGCACGAGAUCGGCCCCAGCCUCUACGCCGCGCCCUGGUUCCUCACCGUGUUCGCCUCCCAGUUCCCCCUGGGCUUUGUGGCCAGAGUCUUCGAUAUGAUCUUUCUCCAGGGAACAGAGGUCAUCUUUAAAGUGGCUUUAAGUCUGUUGGGGAGCCACAAGCCCUUGAUCCUGCAGCAUGAGAACCUCGAGACCAUAGUUGACUUCAUAAAAAACACAUUACCCAACCUGGGCCUGGUGCAAAUGGAGAAGACCAUCAAUCAGGUGUUUGAGAUGGACAUUUCUAAACAGUUACAAGCGUAUGAAGUGGAGUACCACGUGCUUCAAGAAGAACUUAUUGAUUCCUCUCCUCUCAGCGACAACCAAAGAAUGGACAAAUUGGAGAAAACCAACAGCAGCUUGCGCAAACAGAACCUUGACCUCCUGGAGCAGCUGCAGGUGGCAAAUGGUAGGAUCCAGAGCCUGGAAGCCACCGUCGAGAAGCUCCUGGCCAACGAAAGCAAGCUGAAGCAGGCCGCCCUGGCCUUGGAGCUGGAGCGGUCCGCGCUGCUGCGGACGGUGGAGGAGCUCCAGCGGCGGACCGCAGAGCUGAGGGCACCCCAGCUUGACCUCAUGCAGCCCUAG